ACGUAAUAACGCUGACUCACAAACAGAUGACAACAAAACCAAACAAACUCUGCUGUUUGUCCUUUGUGCAAUUGUGAGUUGAAUUAUAAAAUUAUAAUAAAACAAUCACCGUUAUCAUAAUUAUUAUCAGCAAUAUUAAACAAGACUAUAAAAUAACUUUUGGAUUUGUUGACAAAUCGAAGGGAGAGAAGAAAUCAAAAACCAAACUGCUAUUUAGUAAAUCUUCUCACUCCUUACCCAUCACUGCAAGGGGACAUUGACGAGUGCCAUUUAACCUUAUAAAAACUAAUUAAUUUUGACCUGGAUACCAUUUAAAAACGGAAUUUAAAAUGGACAACAUGGGCGCAGUCUUAGGAGCACUUGGUCUUACACAGCUGGCCUGCUGUUGCGGAAGUGCAGCUUGCAGCCUCUGUUGUGCUGCUUGUCCUUCAUGCAAAAAUUCAACCUCAACAAGAAUCAUGUAUGCUGUGAUGCUAUUGGUGGGCGUGGUGGUUUGCUGCAUCAUGUUGAGUCCAGGUCUUCAGGACACUUUGGCAGGAGUUCCGUUUUGCAAAAAUGAAGAUUCUACCUCUUUGGGGUUCAAAUGCUCGGAAGUCGUUGGAUAUCUUGCUGUGUACAGAGUCUGCUUUGCCCUCACCUGUUUCUUCUCGCUCAUGGCAGUGCUAACGAUAGGGGUGAAGACCUCGAAGGAUCCGAGAGCUGGAAUUCAAAAUGGAUUUUGGGGUAUCAAAUACCUCAUCAUAAUUGGAAUAUGUGUAGGAGCGUUCUUCAUCCCACGCGGAUCGUUCGGAACUACUUGGAUGUAUUUUGGAAUGAUUGGAGGUUUCGCGUUCAUCCUCAUCCAACUUAUACUGAUUGUUGACUUUGCUCAUUCCUGGGCAGAAAAUUGGAUCAGUCAAUACGAAGAAAGUGAAUCUAGAGGCUGGUACUGUGCCCUGCUUUCUGCAACUGGAUUUGGAUAUGGUGUAGUCAUUGCUGCUGUAGUACUUUUCUGGAACUUCUACACUGGAGACGGGACGAAUCCAUGUGGAUUAAACAAGUUUUUCAUCAUAUUCAAUCUGUUGAUUUGCAUGGCGCUGAGCAUUAUUUCCAUUCUACCCAAAGUUCAAGAAUAUAGCCCAACAUCCGGAUUACUACAAGGAUCAGCAGUUUGUGUAUAUAUCAUGUAUCUUACUUGGUCAGCAAUGAACAACUCGGAAAAUGUCACCUGCAAGCCCCGAUUAUUACCAGACGAGAAGGGUACACCUGGAAUGGACACCCAAAGCAUUGUGGGGCUCAUACUUUUCAUCGCGUGCGUCUUGUACUCCUCCAUUCGAACUUCGACUGCGUCACAGUCGGCAAGGUUGUCACUGGGAAAUGCUUUGCUGACGGAUAAUGCGUCCGUCUCACCAUCAGAUCCUGAAAGUGGGCGUGCUGGUGGAGCAACAAGUGAGGAGGACAAAAAAGUAUGGGACAAUGAAGAGGAAAGUGUUGCAUAUUCAUGGAGUUUCUUCCAUGUUAUGUUUGGAUUGGCUACUCUUUAUGUCAUGAUGACUCUUACAAACUGGUUCACGCCAAACUCAUCGUUACAGACGUUAUCUGCAAAUGCAUCAUCCGUGUGGGUGAAAAUUGUUUCUUCGUGGAUUUGUGCUGGUCUCUACGUCUGGACCCUCAUUGCUCCUAUUGUCCUACCCGAUCGAGAUUUCUCGCGUUAAUUUCGUCGCCCAGUCAAUUUAAACGUGAUCAAAUUAAUCUAUUACAAUCGAUAUUUAAAAAAAUCUUAGUACAGAUGACUCGCUUUUCGCUAAAACACAAAAGUCAACGUUUCUUUGCGAAAUCCAUUUUUUUCAUGAACUUAUUAACUAUAUGAACCAUACACUGAUACUUGUUUUCUGAAUCCAGACAAAUUAAAGUAACAGUAAUAAGAGGCAUCAUCAGGAUUUAAUUUGUUUUGUAGAAUUUAGUUUAUUACAGAUUAUUUAAAAUCGUAUUAACAUUGUAUCACAUUGUAGCUUGUGUUAAUUUGGCGACCAGAUGAUAGCGUUUUCUAUGAAUUCAGUUUUGUAGUCGAAAUAGAAAUGAAAAUGUUCCUGUUUCCUGUACCGUAAUUACUUAUAUCAAUUAUAAUUCAUUUUACUUAAAUAUGUUCAUUAAUAAUAUUAUGCAUCCAUAAUUUGUUUUCAUAUUACUAUAAAUAUUCUACAAUAAUAAACGUAUAAAUAUUUAA